AUGAUGUGGAAGUUAGUGAUUGUUGUGUGCAUAUUAUAUUUAGAGUUUGUUUCUGUUGAAUGUUUGAAAGCCGGUGCGCGCGGUGUUUGCGUAGUUAAGUCAAGUACACGCAAAACAAGAGCGAAACCAGUUCAAGUUGCAAUAAAUAAAUGGUGUGGAAAAAAGAAAUGCACUGUUAGAAGAACAAAAUUAGAAACAUUCAUAGCCUGGAGAACACAGACAGUCUGCUGCGCUGGUUGGCAAUACAGAAGCGAGGAUGACACCUGCAUUCCACAAUGCAGUACCGGUUGCAACGGUGGCAUAUGCACAGCACCUGACACAUGCGUUUGUGAAUCCCCAGCUGUAGUUCACCCAAACAAUAACACCUGCAUCAUUCCGGAAUGCAACCCCCCCUGUAUCAACAGCCAUUGUGUAAACAAUAGUUGCAUAUGCAAUCCAAACUACGAGCAAUUUAACACCACCCACUGCUACCAAUGUAAUCCAGGAUAUAUCAUAGACGCCAAUUUCACCUGUAUCAAAUGCCAAUGCAUGCAUGGUACAUGCAUAAAUAAUACCUGUGUUUGUAACGAAGGUUAUGCCUUGAAGGGUAAUAUUUGCGAAGCUGUGUGUUCCAACUGUAACGGCGAGUGUAUUGGACCGGAUAUAUGCCAAUGUUUGAAUGGUUACGCCAAUAUUGGUGGCAGGUGUGUCCCUAUCUGCGGUUGCGAGAAAUGCAUAGCUCCGAAUGUUUGUGAUUGUCCAGGUGGAUAUAGAGAUAGUAAUGGAACUUGCGCUCCGAUAUGUGACCGUGGAUGUGUCAAUGGGUAUUGCUCGGCGCCAAAUCUGUGUUCGUGUAAUGAAGGAUUCCUCAAAGACGGUCAAGGCGUGUGCCGGGAGUGUUCAGAAACUUGUUCGUGCGGUGCUGAUGGAGAAUGUCUAGACGCGACGUGUAAAGGGUGA